AUUCAUGAAGAUUCUUUCUAUUCUAUUCAUUAUUGUAUAUGGUAUUAAUAGAUGGAUAAAUGGAAGUGGUAGUUUUCAACGUACAGCACAAGUAGGCACUAAUAACACUGAGUCAAAUGUAUCAACUUUGACUACAGAGUCUCCAUCACCAAAAGCACAAACUACUACUAUUGAACCAAAGGGCUUUUUUACGUCUGCAUAUGGGUUCCUUAAAUCUUGGUUUUUAUUUCUAGUACCUUUCGUUUGUAAAAUCGUUACCGUCUUACAAGAGUUUAUAAAAUGAUCAACUGGAUUGUCAACAGAUUAUCAAAGUAUAGUUUUAGAUGAGAUCGGAUCAUAUUGUCUUGUUCACAUGCAAUUACAUAAUUUGAAUAGGAUGAUCAUUGUUAACUAUAUUAAUGUUAAAUAAAUUAUAGACAAU